AUGCGUGAGUACAAGCUGGUGGUCCUUGGUUCAGGAGGUGUGGGGAAGUCCGCUUUGACUGUACAGUUCGUUCAGGGAAUUUUUGUUGAAAAAUAUGACCCAACAAUAGAAGAUUCAUACAGAAAGCAAGUGGAAGUAGACUGUCAACAGUGUAUGCUUGAAAUCCUCGAUACAGCAGGGACAGAGCAAUUUACAGCAAUGAGAGAUCUCUAUAUGAAGAAUGGUCAAGGGUUUGCACUAGUAUAUUCUAUAACAGCACAGUCCACGUUUAACGACUUACAGGACCUGCGGGAACAGAUUUUACGGGUUAAGGACACUGAAGAU